CCCAGCGUUCGGGGGCGGGGCCGGGCGGCCGGGCGGGGCUCGCGGUCUGUGUCCGCUCCAGUCUCCGCCGCCGCGGUCCCAGUGAGCGUGUCCGGCCAUGGAGCAGCCGCGGAAGGCUGUGGUGGUGACCGGGUUUGGGCCUUUUGGGGAGCACACUGUGAAUGCCAGCUGGAUCGCUGUUCAGGAACUGGAGAAACUGGGCCUUGGGGACAGCGUGGACCUGCACGUGUAUGAAAUCCCUGUAGAAUACCAGACCGUCCAAAGGCUCAUCCCUGCGCUAUGGGAGAAACACAGCCCCCAGCUCGUGGUACAUGUUGGGGUGUCGGGCAUGGCCACCACAGUGACCCUGGAGAAAUGUGGGCACAACAAGGGUUACAAAGGACUGGAUAAUUGCCGGUUCUGCCCCGGCUCACAGUGCUGUGUGGAGGACGGCCCUGAGAGUAUCGACUCCAUCAUUGACAUGGAUGCUGUGUGCAAAAGGGUGACCAUGCUGGGGCUGGAUGUGUCUGUCACCAUCUCCCAGGACGCUGGCAGGUACCUGUGUGACUUCACCUACUACACCUCGCUCUACCAGGGCCGUGGCCGGUCAGCUUUUGUCCACGUGCCCCCACUGGGCAAGCCCUAUAAUGCCGACCAGCUAGGCCGGGCUCUGAGGGCCAUCAUCGAGGAGAUGCUGGGUGUCCUGGAGCAGGUGGAAGGGGACAUCAGCUGCUGUCACCAGCACUGACAGCCACACACACCCAGCGCUCUGAGAGGAGGUCCUGGCUUACACAUCCUCUCCUCGCCUUGGUGGACCGCAAGGCAGUGGAUGAAGCUGUCUGGAGAUGCAGCUGCUGUCCCCAGAGGCCAAGGCUGGGACCAGGGCGAGAUGGCCACAGACUGGUGGCCUGAACACCUGCCAUGCCACUGCCUGGCCCAACACACUUCACUUUCCAUGGGCUGUGGACAGGAGUCAGAGCUGUCUCUCUGGUGGGGUCUCACCAAGUGUUAGAAAGGAGUUGGCGCUAAUCCAUGUCUCUAAGCCCUGGAUGGUCCCUAGGAAAGCCACCUGGAACUUGGCUGCCUUUUCUGUCCCCCAUCCCCCUCUCCUCUCCCUUUCUCCUCCUCCUCCCCCCUCCAGUGCUAGAUUAGGGAGCAGAAUAAUUUAUAUCCCCAUUGUUAAAACUUCAGGCUUAAUCAACAAGUGUCUUUCUUUCUCCUGGGAUGUGAGGCCUCUUUUGCCUCCUGUCCUGAAAAUGUCAUCAUUCUUUGGGUCUCCAUAGUGGGUUCCCUUUGCUCAGAAGAGCAAGCUGCUGUCGCCACCAAGGGCCUGGCCCUUCCCUGGGCCACACUGACCCAGCCAUGACCUUUUCUUCUCUUGUUUUAUUUUUGAUUUUUCAGAGGGGUUUGUUGUCUUUUUUUUUUUUUUUAAGUCAGGUUCUCUGGCCCUUUGACCUUACUAGGUAACCCAGGUUAGUCUCAUUUGAACUCCUCAUUCUCCUGCCUCAGCUUCCUAAGUGCCAGGAGAGUAAGGGUUUGGCAUCUCCCAGCGUCUGUGGAUAAACAGAUUCUCGUGUCCCCUGAGGGACCUGGGACCAGAGGCUGCGGUGCCCGGGCAUGUUCCUACAUGCUUUAUCAGUCACUGGGACAUCUGUGAACUAUCUGGUGUGCCUGGGACUCCAGCCAGCCUUUGAACUUCAGGCCUGGAGGAGGGGCAGAUGGGACCUGUGGCCUGGACUCCAUCCAAGACAAAGUGCAGCUCCCGCCACCAGAAGCCACAUGCAUUCUGGAUGCCACCUUGUAUUUUGUGGAGGGAAUUGGAUGAACCUGGAUUCUGAGGUACAGCUCAUCACUGUACCGUUUUAUUGUUUGAGACGGGGGUCUCAUUAGCCCAGCCUGACCUCCAGCUCACUGUGUAGCUGAGGCUGACCUUGAACUCUUGACCUUCCUGCCUUGGCCUGCCCAGUGCUGGGCUGUAUGCUGGGUCUAGCUACUUUUCAGCUCAGAUGUUCCUUGUUCUGGCGUGAUUUCCUCAGGCCAUCUUCCACGCUCCAGGCGUCUCAGGGGUGAGGGUACCCUGGGGAGACUUGCCUGCCAUUCUGGCGCUCUUUCCCCCCGGGGUGACUGUGGACACGAGUCAAGGCCCUUCUGCAUGCGGAGGACUCAGGACUUUGGGACAUCGUGUAGACCAGGCUGGACUUGUACUUCUGAUCCUCCUGCCUCAGUACCACUGUUCUGGUGUCUGUUCCCAGUGACUUUAUUUGGCUUUUGUAUUUUGAGACAGGGUUGUCUUCCUGAGCUCUGUAGCUCAGGCUGGCCCUCCAACUUGUGGCAAUCCUCCUGUCUUCUGUCAAGUCUUCAGCUGGGCUCCAGGCUGCACUCCACUAUUAAACUCCCUAAAGGUUCAGGCAGGACCCAGGAGAGGGGUCUGGGACUGGACAGGGUGCCACCAUGUGCCCUGAAGCCAUGUCUUCACCCAUCUUGUCUCACCUGUGCUCAGGCAGGCCCCCUCUGGCCACCCCAGUGGUGUGCCUGUCAUUUUGUAGAUGCUACUGUUGAGCUGAGGGACUGAUAUUUAUUUAGGCAUCCCCCUCUCCUGGCCCGAGAACCUUGGUGGGUGGGGCUCAGGGGGUUGGUAGUUGCCAGGUGGAGGCCUAACCUGGACACAUUUGACCCCUAAGGACCAGGUCACCCCCAACCCUGCUGCUCCCGGCAGGGCCUGAGGUGGAGGCGCCUGGACCUCACAAGUGCUGUGAUGAAGUAGGAAGCACCAGGCUAACCCAGUGGUAGAGGAAGAGCAGUAAUGUUGGCAUAGAUUGGAAGCCGGGGACAUGAGUAGGGACAGUGAUGGUGGCGUCUGGACUCUCAACCCGAGAAAGUGAUUUGCACUGUCAGCUUGGACAUGGGAACGUAGCUUGUGGAUUGAGCAUGCUGUGCCCAGGGCGGCCGAGGUUGGAUCACUACUGUAGUACCCAGAUCUUUCUGAGUUUUUUUGUGGUUUGAGACAGGGUAUUGUGUAGGCCAGGCUGGCCUCACACUCACUGCGUAGCUGAGAAUGACCCUGAACCUCGGCCUCCACAUCUCAGGACGACAGGUGGAAGCCACCAUGUCUGACUUGCCGGUCUUUGAAGUUAUACUGACAGUGUCAGCUAAACGGAAUCUCAUGUCCUGCUCUUCUGACUGGCAUGGAAGCCUCCAGAAAGCGGUGGGCUUCUGAGGCUGAGGGGCUGGGAGCCAGGCAGCUGCUGUGUACACAGGCUGCUUGUGCCUCACCCCGUGGGUGACCUCGCUGUGUGCAAGGAAAGCUCCCCCCCACACACACACUGUUUAGACAGCUCACCUUCGACAUUCCUCCCCCUUGGAGAAUCUGAGCCCAGGAGUUCCCUCUGGGAACGAAAAGACAAAGCCGUGUGGGGCCCUGUGGAGCGCCGAUGGCAUUGCAAUAGCGACUCAGAUUGGCUCCCACAGCCCACCAUCCCUGCAUCCACAGGAGGAGCAAAAUAGCGGGGGCAGGUGCGCCCAGCAAUGUUGGCUGCAGGCGAGAGCCUGUUUCAUGUUUUUAUGCAGUAAUGGGGAAUGAACCCAGCUAAAUGUUUAGGUUUGAAAAUCUAAACCCUGAGUGGUGGUUGAACAUGCCUGUCAGUGGCACCUGUCCCUGCUUUAGGAGUAUUGGUCACAAGUAUUGAGAUUUCCAGGCUGUACGGGUCUCAUCACCCAGGCACUGGAAGCGGAGACAGAAGAAUCAGGAGUUCAAGCCCAGCCUCCCUAUAUAGUCAUCAAGUAGCAAGAAAGAGGGGCAGGCAAGAUGGCUCAGUGGGUAAAGUCAGUUACCACCAAACCUAAAAGCUUUGAUUUGAUCCCCAAGCACUCCAAGGAGGAAGAGCAAUGCCUCCCAAAAGCUGUCCUCUGCACAUACGCCACGGCGCACUCAGACCCACAGAUAAAAUGUGCGAGUUUUGUUUGCUCUUAAAGAGUAAGAACCGGGCCGGGCGGUGGUGGCGCACGCCUUUAAUCCCAGCACUUGGGAGGCAGAGGCAGGCGGAUCUCUGUGAGUUCGAGACCAGCCUGGUCUACAGAGCUAGUUCCAGGACAGGCUCCAAAACCACAGAGACCCUGUCUCGAAAAACCAAAAAAAAAAAGAGUAAGAACCAGAACCUGGUGCCUCUCUAUUGUAACUCCAUCACUCAGGACUGAGGCAGGAGGAUGGCCUUGAGUGUAGAAGGAGCUGCGGGAGGUCAGCCUGGAAUACAGAAACCCCUGUCUGAAAAACAAAAGCAAAACAGAUGACAGGCCCUGAAAGGCGGCACUGGCGCUCUGCCUGCUCUUGCAGAGGACCUGCGUUUGGUCCCCAGCAGCUGGACAGGUGGCUCAGCGCCGUGACUCCUCCGGGGUUCCAGCGGCCUCCCCAGACACUGAACUCUCGCAGACACAAAAUUAAAAGUAAACUUGAAAAAUAAUGAGAAACAGUGGAGGCCCUGACUGCUUCCUGAACGUCCCUCCCCCCACUGCUGUGGGAAGCACACGUCGGGUGUGUCAGGGACUUGCGCUGGGAUGUGGCUCGCCGUGGCCAAGUUCCCUGUCACACUGGGGCUCAAGAUUUCACAUUCUAGCUUGCUUUGGGGGGCUUUCAGAACAUAGAAAGCUGGGUUUGGGGGGUAACUCUUUAAAAGCCCUGGCUGUACUGGAACUAGCUUUUGUAGACCAGGCUGGCUUCGAACUCACAGAUAUUCCACCUGCCUCUGUUCCCAAGUGCUGGGAUUAAAGGCGUGCGCCACGGCAACUUACUUUUCUUUUAAGAGGUUUAACUAGUGCUGGUGGCUUGAGGCUCUUCCUGGGGUCCUGCCCAGGAAGGCCGCAGCCCCACCAUGUGAAGUGUUUCCCUUUGGCCUGCCUGGGGGCCCUGGCUUGUUCAUGGAACCAUCACUAUCUCAUGGAGGGGGCUCGUCUGCCCCCCAACCUCCUCACCCAGUGUGCCUUCUCUUUACCCUAGAGCUGCUGCUGAGUCCCCAGCUUGGUGUCUGGGACCCCAGGAGAAAGUGGCCUGCCAGGCCAUAUUCCCGGAGACCUCACACUUUUUA